UAAAUCAAUAAAGAACAAUAUUUUCCAACCCUAAUCUCUUCCUCUUAUCUCUCGUUCUUCUCUUCCGCUGAACAAAGAUUCGCGGUUCUCUCCCUCUUCUUGUCUCUUUUUCUCUUGGAGCUUGAAGAACUUCUUCCCUAGCCGGAGGAGGAGAUGAAGCCUCUGCCGCCGCCGGUUCAGGUUGGGGAGAUCAGCGCGGAGGAGUUGAAGCAGUAUGAUGGCUCCGAUCCUAACAAGCCUCUCCUUCUGGCCAUCAAGGCUCAGAUCUAUGACGUCUCCCAAAGCAGAAUCUUUUACGGACCGGGGGGGACCUUACGCAUUGUUUGCGGGGAAGGAUGCUAGUAGAGCUCUUGCUAAGAUGUCCUUUGAGGAGAAGGACCUCACGGGUGACAUAUCCGGGCUUGGCCCAUUUGAGCUAGAGGCCUUGCAAGACUGGGAGUACAAGUUUAUGAGCAAAUAUGUGAAGGUUGGAACUGUGAAGAACCAAGUCGCGGAAUCUGAAGCAACUGCUUCUUCUCAUCAAGAUCCUUCAAGUGUUGAGGCCGUUAAGCACGGAGAAGAUGUCUCGCCAGAGAAUGGGGAUGCUAAGGACAAUGUGCCACCAGAAAACAACGUUGCUUCGGAAACCGUUGGCACUUCUCAUGGCCUUCCAGACAAAGAGUAGGCCAAGGAAAAUAGCUUUUUCUCAAUGGAGAGCUCUAUAGCAAUACUUCAAUGUCUUCCUAUCAUCUUUUUUCUUCUAAAAACUUUAAAUUUAGUCUAGAAUGCUUCUACAGACUGCUGGUAUGUAUCUCGUUGACAUUUGGCCAGUUUGAGGCAAUAAUAAAAUAUCAAUGCAUACAUUUUACAUCUUUUCAAGAAAAUUAAAUGAAACCCUUUUAG